UUUCGUCUCUCUUCUCUUUAACGUCGUCUUCGUCUUCUUCAUCUCUCUCUCUCUCCAAUAUUUUCAGCUUCUUUCAAUAUUAGAUAAGAGAGAGAAGAGAGCUUCUUCAAAUUCUCUCUCUAGAACUGUGAAAAUCUCAGGUUCUGAUUUUGGAAGCUCUUGGCGAAUUUAGUUGUUCCUUCUUGGGUCUAUUUGAUGUUAUAGUGUUAGGUUCUUCCGAUGAUGAAGCUCUCUGGCUUGUUGUUGAAAUAGCUAUCUCGAGAUUUCUGGCGAUCUUUAGUGGAGAGGAAAAUGUCUUCGACGAAGAUGAAAGGAGAGUAUUCUUCUUCUAGAAGCUUCGUUUCAAGGAAAUAUACAAUUUUACUCUGCUUAGGAAGCUUCUGCCUCGGUUUGUUCUUCACCGAUCGGAUGUGGAGUAUUGAGGAAUCUAAAGGCAUGUCUCGUCCAUCUGUAACCGAAGCUGAAAGAUUGAAACUUAUCUCUGAAGGUUGCAAUCCAAAACCUCUUUAUCAGAAAGAAGUCAAAAGAGAUCCUCAGGCUUUUCUUGGACAAGUAGCCAAUACACAUAUUGCAUUACAGACAUUGGAUAAGACUAUUUCAAGCUUAGAGAUGGAGUUAGCUGCAGCAAGGUCUGUCCAGGAAUCUUUACAAAACGGUGCUCCUGUCUCAGAUGAUAUGGGGAAGCAGCAACCGCAGGUGAAGAGACGGUAUUUGAUGGUUGUAGGGAUUAAUACAGCUUUUAGUAGCAGAAAGAGAAGGGAUUCUAUUCGAGCUACCUGGAUGCCUCAAGGCGAGAAAAGAAAGAGACUUGAGGAAGAGAAGGGGAUUAUUAUCCGGUUUGUCAUUGGUCACAGUGCCACGGCCGGGGGAAUUCUAGAUCGAGCUAUAGAAGCUGAGGACAGGAAGCAUGGAGAUUUCUUGAGACUGGACCAUGUUGAAGGGUACCUAGAGUUGUCAGGCAAGACGAAAACUUACUUUUCUACAGCUUUUUCAAUGUGGGAUGCAGAUUUCUAUGUCAAAGUAGAUGAUGAUGUUCAUGUAAAUAUAGCAACACUUGGGGAAACUCUUGUUAGACACCGGAAAAAACCACGGGUCUAUAUAGGUUGCAUGAAAUCUGGUCCUGUCCUCUCUCAAAAAGGUGUGAGAUACCAUGAGCCAGAGUACUGGAAAUUUGGUGAGAAUGGGAACAAAUACUUCCGUCAUGCUACUGGACAGUUGUACGCUAUUUCAAGAGACUUGGCUUCUUAUAUAUCAAUCAAUCAGCAUGUUCUUCACAAGUAUGCGAACGAAGAUGUUUCAUUAGGAGCUUGGUUUAUCGGAAUUGAUGUGAAACACAUUGACGAUAGAAGAUUAUGCUGUGGCACUCCUCCUGAUUGUGAAUGGAAAGCUCAGGCUGGAAACAUCUGUGUAGCAUCAUUCGACUGGAGUUGCAGCGGAAUCUGCAGAUCAGCAGAUCGCAUCAAAGAGGUUCAUCGACGCUGCGGUGAAGGCGAGAAGGCUCUUUGGAGUGCCACAUUUUGACAUAGAAACACAUACAGUAAAUGAUAAAACAUAACGGUUUUGUUCAUCCCCCAAAACAGCUCAAAGAUCAGACAAAAGUACAGAGAUACAACAAUUCCAAGAGGCAAGAGUUACCCACUUUUUGUAUUCAUAGGUACAUAGGAGAGGCAGGAUUAGAGAGAGAAGUGUGGAAAGUGGAAACCUCUGGCAAGAAUCGCGAUUGCGUUUGGAUAUGUUACGAUUGUGGCGUUUCCGUUUUAGUAGUACAUAUAAGGAACGCCAUGCCUGUAUUCGUUUUGGGAGCAAGUUGUGGAUUUGUUUACAUCAAUACAAAAUUAUGCCCUCCUUCUUUUGGC